CUCCCAUUUCAACAUGGCGGGAUAAUGAGCUGUAUUGUUAGAUUUUUUGUUAGAUUUUGUUCUCCUUCAUACUACUACCAUUAUUAAUCUGCAGACAGACUCUGUAAAAAAUAAAAAUCAGUGAGAAUGCCAAUUAUUGGUAAUUCUGGUGAGGAUAAAAAGACAGAAGACAGUGAUUGGUGUAUUGACUGUAGUGAUGAUGAAAAGUACAACCCUACACAAGUAAGAAAGGGGGUGUGGCAACCGAAACCCGAAGAUGUCAUCAGUCUCUUUGAGAAACUAGAAAAAGACAGAUAUAUAGAAUUAAGAUGGCAGUGUCCAGGACGACGCCCACCCGAUACGGACAAGAAAGAGGACGCCACAGAAGAAAAAAUUCCAGAAAAAGAAGUUUUAGAUGAGCAGCCAAAAGAAGAAGAGAAAAAGCCUGUUGCUCCGAGUGAAUUUGAUUUUGAUGAUAUGGAUUCUUCUGUAUCUACAGUAAUAACACCAAGAAGAACACCAGGUAGUUCGAAAACUCCACGGUCAAUAAAGAAAGUAGCUAGAAUGGAUAAAGUACUAAAUGAUAUGAAAAGACAACGAGAUGCCGAUCGCGAGGCCAGAAGAGUGUACGGUCACGGACGUUCACCGUCUGGAAGUCCAGCUAGAAGCCCAGCAAGAAGUAUGGCUGGACAACCAGGACUAAGCACACCCUUUCGUCCCACACAACCAGCCACAUCUAGUGGUAGCGUAACAAGUAUGUCUGCUAAGGAGAACAAUACUCUGGCCGUAUCAACAUCAGCUGGGCCAUAUCCCGCAAUGUCUUCUUCAUCGGAUGUAAACCCUGCAGACACCACAACAACUACACCAUCAUCUGUAGUAACCAUGGAUACAACGUGACAUUAACUUCAUGGUCCUGUCUAUCUCAGUCCAGCUGAGGAUGCCACUGGCUGGGCGGAGAGGACAUUAGGCCAGUUGGGGGGUGGCGUCAUUUCUGUACUGACAGUUCAUCUAUCUGGAAUUCUGGAGUUACCUACCCUUAACUUGGUGGGUGGUAAUUCCCGACCUCCCCAAAUGCCCUGAAGAAGAUGCUCCCUAGCUCCAUGACUUGCUGCAUGACUUGAGCCAAUCAGAUGUUUUCCAGAUCAGAAUAUUGCCCAUCCUCGGUAUCCUUCCGUUCUACUCCACUAACCUGUGGGUUAUAAACUAUAACACAUACUUAUCGAAUAACAAUUACUGAUUUAUUUAGGCGACGUUUCAAAGAGUAUUCUCUCAACAUUUUCAAGCAAGCACAGUAACAAAUGUGUAGGGCAAUUAUAUAUAGACAAGCAAUAACAACAAAUCAGAAACCAUGCAUGACAACAACAAGAUCAAAGGCAUGAAAACAACAUGAUCAAAGGCAAGGUGCAUAUGAAGGAUUAGUGAGACCACUGAUAAUUGGUAUAAUUAACAUUGGAGUUAUUAAUAAUUAAUUAUAGGAGUAAAUAAUUUUUAUUAGACAACCAAUAAUGACAAAUCAGAAACUAUUGUAAUAUUUGUUCAAAUGUUAUGACAAUUUUUUUUUCACCCAGUAUUGCCCAGCCUUAUUUGUAACCUCCAUGGUAUAUGGAGGUCGUGUGUUCGAUCCCUGCAUUGGCCGAGAAAGUUCAUCUGGAUUUUCCGACGUGGUUUCCCCUUGUCAAUGGUGCAGAACGGAUGGCCUGACAAGGACAGCUGUCUAGUCCUUCGGUGUAUACAUUGGAAUGCAUGUAAAAAAUCCCUUGGCAGUUGGAAUUCAAUAUAACAUGGCGUACAUGUAUGCCCGUCUUCAUUAGCCCAGUAUAGGAGUAGGACGUUAAACCCCAUUUCAUUUAUUUAGGCUUCAGAUGUUAUAGAAAUUAUUAAUUAGAACUUUAUUUACAUAACAAGCCCAAAAUCAACACUGUAGACCCACGGAUGGCUUGGAUACAGUGUGGAUUUAAACAGUCGUCCAUUUAAAAUUAAAUCAAUAAAUGGCGGACCAAGCUAACGUUUACCGUUAGUCGCUGAUGUCAUUACCGGAAACUAGUGAUGAAAGGCCUGCCAAACGAGGCUGCCAUAGCCAUAUGUGAGUGGCGUUAUCGCCUGUCAAUCAAAUGAUCGCCAAUUCUCAUAGACGGUGCAGACACAAUUGAUGCCUAUUUCUAGUUCAAACUUCCAACAGUGACAAUUCUGUUCAGAACAAAGUAAUUUGACUGAAAAUUUCAACAUUAUCUUUUUAUAUCAUCUAUUUUUGAAUUAUUAUAUCAAGAAUGGCCAACUCUUUAUUAAACUCUUAGCUAAUGUAUCUUUAAUAUUAGAGGUAUAAUACAGUUUUUGUAUAAUUAGUUCUAUUCAUUAUCAUAUUGUACAUAUUAACAAUUUUUUAUUUCUCAUUUUAAUCUAUUUUUAAUUGUAUAAAUGCUCAUUAAAGCUUUCCUUGAUU